UUACUUAUCUUUGCGCUCUCUUUCUCUCUCUCUCUUUCUAUAUCCCCCCAUCCUUCCCUUCCCAUCCCAGUUCCCAACCCCCCCACCCCCUCCGCUCUCCCUCCCUGUCCUCUCCUACCUAAACCCUCCUCUCCCCAAGAAAAAAGAAACUUAAAAUAUAUCAUCUCAUUCACUCAUUUCCCUUACAUUUAAUCCAUGUUCCCAUGAUCUGAGAAACCCAAAUCUCAAUCCCAUCAAUCAAAGCUACCCCAACAAAAGAAAGAAAGGGAAGAUCGCUUUAGAUCACAGGGCCGCGCGUGUGCUACCAACUCGCCCUCUUUCUCUUCCUUUUGUUGUCUCUCAUGCGACAUAACAGGGCGGAGCGAAUGUCUGAGGACGACGAAAGGCAGCAAUCUUCACCGUCAGAUCUUGAGUUCACUUCUAACAAGGCCCGGAACUGCAACGCUACCGGGUCCGGGUCGGGUCACCCGGAGUUCCAGUCUCCGUUCCCGGACCAGGUCCUGGAGAACGUGUUGGAAAACGUGCUCCACUUCCUGACGUCGAGGCGCGACCGAAACGCCGCCUCAUUGGUGUGCAAGUCGUGGUACCGGGUCGAGGCGCUGACGCGAUCCGAGCUGUUCAUCGGAAACUGCUACGCGGUGUCGCCGGAUCGGGCCACGGCCAGGUUUAUCAGGGUGAGGGCACUUCAUCUGAAAGGGAAGCCCAGGUUCGCGGAUUUUAACCUGAUGCCGCCCGAUUGGGGGGCCCACUUCAAUCCUUGGGCGCUGGCGCUGGCCAAGGCGUACCCUUGGCUGGAAAAAGUUUACCUAAAGCGCAUGUCCGUGACGGAUGAUGAUCUGGCAACGCUGGCCGAGUCAUUUUCAGGGUUUAAGGAGCUCGUUCUCGUUUGCUGUGAUGGGUUUGGAACUAGUGGCCUUGCUAUUUUUGUUAGCAAGUGCAGACAGCUUAGGGUGCUUGAUCUGAUCGAAUCUGAGGUUACAGAUGAUGAGACAGAUUGGAUAUCCUGUUUUCCUGAGGGUGAAUCACAUCUUGAGUCGUUGAUAUUUGAUUGUGUAGAAUGCCCGAUAAAUUUUGAGGCAUUGGAAAGGCUGGUGGCUAGGUCUCCUUCACUUAAGAAGCUUAGGCUAAAUCGACAUGUUUCUAUCGGGCAGCUAUAUCGCCUGAUGAUUCGAGCUCCACAGCUCACACACCUUGGGACAGGUUCGUUUAGCCCACUGGAGGUAGCAGGACAAGGUGAUCAAGAACCAGAUUAUGUAACUGCUUUUGCUGCCUGCAGAUCCUUAGUUUGUCUCUCUGGGUUUAGGGAAAUAAUUCCAGAUUAUCUGCCUGCAAUUUACCCUGUUUGUUCAAAUCUGACGUCUCUGAAUUUCAGCUAUGCCAACAUCGAUGCAGAACAGCUUAAGCCAAUUAUAAGCAACUGCCACAAGCUCCAGGUUUUCUGGGUCCUUGAUUCAAUAUGUGAUGAAGGACUUCAAGCAGUGGCUGCGACAUGCAAGGAACUACGUGAGCUUCGGGUUUUCCCUAUCGAUGCUCGGGAGGAUAGUGACGGCCCUGUUUCUGAAGUGGGCCUCCAAGCAAUUUCUGAGGGUUGUCGGAAAUUGCAAUCUAUUCUGUAUUUCUGCCAGCGAAUGACUAAUGCAGCUGUCAUAGCCAUGUCCAAGAACUGUCCAGAUCUUGUUGUUUUCCGGUUAUGCAUAAUGGGGCGCCACAGGCCUGAUCCUGUUACUGGAGAUCCUAUGGAUGAUGGUUUUGGAGCCAUUGUUAUGAACUGUAAGAAGCUCACUCGCCUUGCUGUAUCUGGUUUACUGACAGAUAAAGCUUUCGAUUAUAUUGGAAGAUAUGGGAAAUUGGUACGCACAUUGUCAGUGGCUUUUGCUGGAGAUAGUGACAUGGGGCUGAAAUAUGUGCUUGAGGGCUGUCCCCAAUUGCAGAAGCUUGAGAUUAGAGAUAGCCCAUUUGGAGAUGCAGCUUUGCGUUCUGGUUUGCAUCACUACUACAACAUGAGGUUCCUUUGGAUGUCCUCAUGUAGUCUAACUCGCCAAGGUUGCCAGGAGAUUGCUCAUGCUAUGGAUCGCCUAGUGGUUGAAGUGAUUAGGUCUAUUGGUGAGGAGGAGAUGGAUGACUCUGUUGGAACGUUAUACAUGUAUCGGUCUCUUGAAGGGCCAAGAACGGAUGCCCCGAAAUUCGUCACCAUCUUGUAGGCAAAUGUGGUGCGGGAAGCUGUUUCAAUUGUUCUCAUGGUGGAUACCAAGCAAGUGUAUCCUGUUUCACGGGGAAUUUUGAUAUGGCGGGUAUCUUUUAAAUAACCCGCAACAAGGUCCCAGCAAUCACAGUCAAGCAAAGUUGAGUACAUAACUUCUGCUUCAGGCUUGGGCUGUUACAUUGGCAGUCAAAGCAGACCCUGGUGAGGGACAACAGUUCAUCUUUGCUUUGGUUCUUUUGAAGGACUUUGGGUAAGGGGGACUAGGUGCAGAAAAUGGAUGUCAUUGUAAGUUAUCGGACCAUUGGAUGUUCUAGCGGUACGCAUUUAAAUUUUAUGUUUCUUUUUGUUUUCAUAUUCAUUUUAUCAUAAUCGAAGUUAGCCAGAAGAGAAGGGAGGAGGGGUUAUUGAACUAUAUGGAGGGGCAAUGAUAUAUGUGUUUUUCGUGGCCAAAUUGCCUUAUCCUUUGAUGAAGAGAUGAAAUAGUUGUUGAAGACUCAGAGAGUUAGAGGAGAUCAAGUUGGGUGGAUCUAUUUUUCCAUGCUUGAAGCAAAGGAAGCACAAGGCAGAAGCAUCUCUUUAUCCACUCUCCAAAAGAUAGUCUGCUCAUUUGGAUUAAAAUUUUAGUUUAAGCUGUAGCUUUGUCAGAGCUAAAUUCCCAGACUUGCACCCCUCUCCAUGUUUGUUAUUUUCAGAUGUGUUGUGGUAGCACCUGACUGUUGAAUUUAUUAUUGUUAUUGUUAGCAAUGUGAGAAGGGUAAUAAAUGCCAAAUAUGCAUAUGCAUGGACCAAAAACUGGAGCAAGACUGUGUUUUCCUCUCUUUUA